AUGUGCAGAGGGGACGUCUCCAAGCCAUGGCCGCCGACAUGCUGGGGGGCGCUGGCUCUGCCCUUGUUCAAGCGAGUAUGUACAUGUGCCGUGCCCUACCACUGCAGCUUGUGUUGGGGUAGCGACAAGGGCAAUCCGCAAUUUGUCAUGGCCAUAAUCCCAGCCACGGCACCGAUCUUCACGGCUCUCGGCUCAGCUAACCGCAGCUCCGUGUCGAGGUCGAGUCCCACGGGUCAGCAAGUCUAUCCACCCAUCCACUGUGGACUGCAGCGCGGAAUCUUUGCCCUGCCGCACUCGCCGUUCUACCUUCUGAAUGCGUCGCCGCGGUCGACAAGCGAGGUGGCCGCUAAUGCUCCUGCUGCCACUCUUUUUGCCUUUCUCUCUCUUUGUGUGGCAUCGGCAGCAGCGAAGCGCUCCGUUCGCUGUUUCUCAUUCUCCACGACAAGCCAUGCUGCCCGUAAUGCCGUCUGUCCUGGCUCGGGCAGUUUGCAGGCAGAUCUUCGACCGGGCGCCAACUUUCGAUCGAUUCACCCACCGGAGUUUUUUUGUGUGCCCAGUGCCAUGCCCAUGCAACACGAAGCCUAUAAUGGGACAUAUGAUAUGCCUGUACCGCAUUUUGCCCAUGGCACUAUGUGUCGCUUCAUAAGAGCAUUGGACGCCACCCCUAGCGCGUGA